AUGACAACCGUGUCUUUCGGGCAGCGUUCAUCUCCAUUUCUCGCGAUAAGAACCCUGCAUCAAUUAGUAGAGGAUGAAGCUAAACAGUAUCCUGAAGUGAGACAAGUUGUACGAGAAGACAUGUACGUUGACGAUGUUGCCACUGGGUCUGACAGUGUAGAAAACGGACUAGAAUUACAACGCAAUUUGAGCAUAGUAAUGGGGAAAGGGCAGUUUGAGCUUCGAAAAUGGAGUAGUAAUUCUCGUGCGCUCUUGGAAGCUGUACCAAGCUCACACCGACAAACGGACCCAGUCACCUUCGAUGUAACCGAGGGUGGGACCACCAAUGUUCUAGGACUUAAAUGGAUUCCAAAUCUGGAUAAGUUAAGCUACAAUGUCCGACCGAACCCAGUGCGUUAUAGCAAACGUGCCAUCCUCUCGGAAAUCGCGCGUAUCUACGACCCUCUUGGAUUAUUAUCACCUGUCACAACCGAGCUUAAAAGGUUAAUGAAGUACCUUUGGUCUAUAGACCUUGGUUGGGAUGACAACAUACCACAAGAAGCGGCAGAGGCUUGGACACGUUAUCACCAAGAGUUGCCAGAGUUGUCGUCGAUCCGAGUUCCCCGUCGAGUGACAAGUAACAACGGAAAAUAUGAGUUGCACGGUUUUUCUGAUAGUUCCGAAGCAGCAUAUGCCGCAGUGAUAUAUCUCCGUGUCGUGGCACCGGACAAUUCGGCAAAAUGUUUUAUGUUAAUGGGUAAAUCGAAAGUCGCCCCGUCAAAACGGAUCACGAUUCCAAGAUUGGAGCUCUGCGGUGCAUUGUUAUUAGCUCGAUUAUUACAUUUUGUGUGCCAAAACCUAACUAGAAUCAAGAUCGAAAGGGUGAUAGCCUGGUCUGAUUCUACAGUGGCCUUGGCAUGGAUAAAGUCGCCAACAGCGCAAUUGAAGACAUUUGUAGCAAAUAGAGUUGCACAAAUACAGCGAACGACCACGUCAUACUUGUGGAGACAUGUACCAACCAAGGAGAACCCGGCAGACUGUGCGUCCAGGGGAUUGUCGCCAAAAGAACUCGCCAAUCACGUUCAGUGGUGGAUGGGACCAACUUUCUUCAGAUUGUCAGAAGACUAUUGGCCAUCCACAGAAGCAGUGAUGUUAACCGAUGAGUCGCGCGAGGAGCAACUUGAGACGAAGGUAAUCACGUUGGUUACGACCGAAACCUUGACCGAAUGUCCGUUAUUGUACCAGUCGGACAGUUGGACAAAAAUUACUCGUUUGGCUUGCUAUUGGCUGCGAGUACGUAAGCGUCUCCUUAAAAAGGAAAUUCCGGACCGUCAAACACCGCCCACUUCCGCUGAGAUCGAUGAGGCCAUACGGGCAUUAGUACAAUGGACACAACGAGUGUAUUUUUCCGAUGACCUCAAUAAUCUGACCCACAACCGAUCAUGUUCAUCCAAGCUGCGGAAGCUUGCUCCAUUUCUCGAUUUCGACAACGUGAUAAGGGUGGGUGGACGUUUACAGCGUGCAGAUUUACCAUUUGAUCAAAAAUGUCACCCAGGCGCACAAACCGUGCAGAACAUUAUACGACAGCAUUUUUGGGUAUUAUCGGCAAGAGGUGUAAUACGAAAGCAACUCCAUCGUUGUAUACCAUGUUUCAGAGUACUACCUCGGGCUCCUCAACCGAUCAUGGGAGAUCUACCGCCACACAGACUUGGCCAAAUCAAACCAUUCGGAAAAGUUGGUAUUGAUUUUGCGGGACCAUUCGACGUAAAGGCUGCUCUGUUACGCCGACUGCGGGUCACCAAGGCGUACAUAUGCAUAUUCGUAUGUAUGGCGACUACAGCCGUACACAUAGAGCUUGCCUCAGACUUGUCGACGCCCACAUUUGUUGCAGCCCUCGAACGCUUUAUCGCACGACGAGGACGUUGCACGGACAUAUACACUGACUGUGGGACUAAUUUUGUAGGAGCUAAUCAUUAUUUAAAGGAAGUGCAAGAAAUUCUGAAGUCACCUACGACCAUCCGCUACGCUUCAUCAAAUCAAGUAACCUGGCACUUUAAUCCUCCUGCUGCGCCGCACAUGGGUGGCCUCUGGGAAGCGGCAGUCAAGUCGGCCAAGGGGUUGUUACGGCGCAUAGUUCAAGAUCAGGUCCUUACGUACGAAGAACUAAAUACUGUCCUCCACAAAAUAGAAGCAACCCUAAACUCCAGGCCAUUAGGCGCCCUCUCCAGCGAUCCUAACGAUUUAGCACCACUCACCGCAGGGCAUUUUUUGACUAUGGGUCCACCAGCCUCUAUACCACAACCAUAUACCCACGACCAUCCACUAGCCUACACUCUACGUCAACGUUGGACCCUAGUUCAACAGAUUCAACUUCACUUCUGGCAGCGAUGGCAAAAGGAAUUCUUACAAAAUCUGCAAACGAGAAAGAAGUGGCAACGCCCAGACAGGAACCUGGCGGUGGAUGACUUGGUAAUCAUUAAGGAACCCACCCCACCACUCACAUGGAGUACAGCGCGCGUUGUCAAACUAUACCCUGGCGAAGACAAUGUCGUCCGAGUAGCUGAUGUCAAAUUAGCUAAUGGCAAGACUCUCAAGCGUCCAGUGGUGAAGUUAUGCCCUUUACCGUUGUGA